AUGUGGCACAUUCAGUUCCGUGGACGUGCUUAUAUAGCUCAUAAGUGGAGUAGCAUAGUAAAAGGUAGACAUACACGUGCCUUACAGACACUUCAACGCGCACAAGGCGUUACAAGGCCGUCCCUAUGUCGGCCGCAGAAAUGGACCAAAGUCUGUCCAGAGUUCCGUAGGCCUCAAUUGACAGGGCGUAAGCUACAUGUAUCAACGCACUUACAGUCUCAAGCAGCUGCGGUGGUCAGAUUGGCGGACUACACACCCUAUCCCUACGAGCUGCAGACUGUCAACCUGGAUUUUACACUCAGGGGCGACCAUGCCGAAGUGCAGUCCACCCUCAAGGUGACGCCCUUACAAG